CCCUUCUCUGGGAACCAAGGAUGUCAAACGGGUAUUCCGCAGACAAGUGCUUCCGCUAUCUCCUCUCGUGCUUCAGGGCGCGAGUGAAAAUGUACAUCCAGGUCGAGCCGGUGCUGGACUAUCUGACCUUUCUGCCUAGAGACGUGAAGGAGCAGAUUGUGAGGACGGCGGACACCUCUGGGAACAUGAAGGCAGCUGACCUGCUUCUGAGCACCUUGGAGCAGGAGCAGAGCUGGGCCCCUGGCUGGACCCGGGAGUUCGUGGAUGCCCUCCGGAGAGCAGGCAGCCCUCUGGCUGCCCGCUACGUGAACCCCGACCUCACUGACUUGCCCUCCCCGUCUUUUGAGACUGCUCAAGAUGAAUGUCUCCAGCUGCUGACCCUUCUUCAGCCCACUUUGGUGGACAGGCUUCUGGUUAGAGACGUCCUGGAUAAAUGCAUGGAGCUGGACCUGCUGACCAUUGAAGACAGAAACCGGAUUUCUGCUGCAGAAAAUAAUGGAAAUGAAUCAGGUGUGAGAGAGCUGCUGAAAAGGAUUGUGAAGAAAGAAAACUGGUUUUCCACGUUUCUGCAAAUUCUUCAUCAAACAGGAAAUAGUGCCCUUGUCCUAGAGUUAACAGGUGUUGAUUACUCCGAAAGCAAUGCAGAGAUUGAGAAUUUGCCGCACGAAGCUGGUCCUGACGUUAAUGAGUCGCUUCUUUCAGCCACAGAUCAGCCAAAUCUAGAGAAGGAGGACUGGGGUGUGGAGAGUAAUUUUUCAGAGUCGUCGUUUGCAGAUUCUUCUGUAGUUUCAGAAUCAGACACAAGUUUGGCAGAAGGAAGUGUCAGCUGCUUAGAUGAAAGUCUUGGACAUAACAGCAACAUGGGCAGUGAUUCAGGCACCAUGGGAAGUGAUUCAGAUGAAGAGGAUGUGGCGAAAAGAGCAUCUCCUGAGCCAGAACUGAAGCUCAGGUCUUACCAAAUGGAAGUUGCCCAGCCAGCCGUGGAAGGGAAGAAUGUCAUCAUAUGCCUCCCCACAGGCAGUGGGAAAACCAGAGUGGCCGUUUACAUUACCAAGGACCACUUGGAUAAGAAGAAGCAAGCAUCUGAGCCUGGAAAAGUCAUAGUGCUUGUCAAUAAGGUGAUGUUAGUGGAACAGCUCUUCGACAAAGAGUUCAAACCAUUUUUGAAGAAAUGGUAUCGUGUUACUGGACUAAGUGGUGAUACUCAACUGAAAAUAUCAUUUCCAGAAGUUGUCAAAUCCUAUGAUGUUAUUAUCAGUACAGCUCAAAUCCUUGAAAACUCCCUCUUAAAUUCAGAAAGUGGAGAAGAUGCUGGUGUCCAGCUGUCGGAUUUUUCCCUCGUUAUCAUUGAUGAAUGUCAUCACACCAACAAAGAAGCCGUCUAUAACAACAUCAUGAGGCGUUAUUUGAAACAGAUGUUGAAAAACAAGAGACUUAAGAAAGAAAACAAACCAGUGAUUCCCCUGCCUCAGAUACUAGGUCUAACAGCUUCACCUGGUGUUGGGAGCGCCACAAACCAAGCCAAAGCUGUAGAACACAUUUUAAAAAUUUGUGCCAAUCUUGAUGCGUCUACCAUUAAAACAGUGAAAGACUAUUAUGACCAACUCAAAGAGCAAAUCAAGGAGCCCUGUAAGAAGUUUGUGAUUGCAGAUGACACGAGAGAAGAUCUUUUUAAAGACAAACUGCUAGAAAUAAUGUCAAGCAUUCAAACUUACUGCCAACUGAGUUCGAUGUCAGAGUUUGGAACUCAAAAUUAUGAGCAAUGGACCAUUCAAAUGGAAAAAAAGGCUGCUAGAGAAGGAGAUCGAAAAGUCCGUGUCUGUGCAGAACAUUUGAGGAAGUAUAAUGAAGCCCUACAGAUUAAUGACACAAUCCGAAUGAUUGAUGCCUAUAAUCACCUUGAAACUUUCUAUCACGAUGAGAGGGCAAAGAAGUCUGCAGCUCUGCAAGACGACAGCGAUGAGAAUGGUAGCGAUGAUGACUGUGAUGCUGCUAGAGAUCAGGACGAUGUAAAGAGACUGGAGAAACAAGAUGAGACAGAUAAAUUUCUCAUGACUUUAUUUUUUGGAAACAAAAAAAAGUUGAAAAAACUGGCUGAUAACCCAGAGCAUGAAAAUGAAAAGCUGACCAAAUUAAGGAACACUAUACUGGAACAAUAUACAAGGACCGAGAAACCUACACGUGGAAUAAUUUUUACAAAAACUCGACAAAGUGCAUAUGCACUUUCCCAGUGGAUUACGGAAAAUGAAAAAUUUGCAGAGGUUGGCGUUAAAGCCCAUCAUCUGAUCGGAGCUGGACACAGCAGUGAGUUCAAGCCUAUGACACAGAAUGAACAAAAAGAAGUCAUUAGUAAAUUUCGCACUGGAAAAAUAAAUCUGCUUAUCGCUACCACGGUGGCAGAAGAAGGUCUGGAUAUCAAAGAAUGUAACAUUAUUAUCCGUUACAGUCUCGUAACUAACGAGAUAGCCAUGGUUCAGGCCCGAGGUCGAGCCAGAGCUGAGGAGAGCACCUACGUCCUGGUUGCCCACAGUGGUUCUGGAGUUGUUGAACGUGAGACGGUGAACGAUUUUCGAGAGAAGAUGAUGUAUAAAGCUAUCCAUCACGUUCAGAACAUGAACCCAGAGGAGUAUGCUCAGAAGAUUUUGGUAUUUCAGAUGCAAAGCAUAAUGGAAAAGAAAAUGAAAAUCAAGAGAAACAUUGUAAAGCAUUACAAGAACAACCCAUCAUCAAUAACUUUUCUGUGUAAAAACUGUCACAAGCUUGCCUGCUCAGGGGACAACAUUCAUGUGAUUGAGGGGAUGCAUCAUGUCAAUAUGACCAAAGAAUUCAAGCAACUCUAUACUGUGAGAGGAAACAAAGCACUGCAAAGUAAGUUUGCUGACUAUCAAACAAAUGGAGAGAUUAUCUGCAAAUGUGGCCAGGCUUGGGGAACAAUGAUGGUGCACAAAGGCUUAGAUUUUCCUUGUCUCAAAAUAAAGAAUUUUGUAGUGGUUUUCAAAGAUAAUUCACCAAAGAAGCAAUACAAGAAGUGGGUUGAAUUACCCAUCGCAUUUCCUGCUCUUGACUAUUCAGAGUAUUGUUACUUUAGUGAUGAAGAUUAGCAUUUGAGUCAAGAUUCUCUUGGACUGUUUUCAAUUUAGCACUUAAUAUUAUCUUGAGAAAUAUUUUCAUUCCACUGAAGAACUGAUGUGAGAAUUAAUAAACUCUUUACAUUUAGCACUUUAGAGGAACACACUAAUUUUGCUUUCAAUUAUCCAUCUUAUUGACUGACAAAGGGGAAAAAAAAUCCAUCAAAAAUACUCACCAGUGUGGAGCAUUACAGUACUGUGGAAGGAGAACUGAACUAUAAAUGAGAUUUCAAAUUGCUGAUGUCACUUCUGUCACUUAUUUUCCAAAUAAAAUUAGGCAGCUCAGUCAGUCAUCUUUAUAAACGAGUCUCGUUACUGGUAGAAUAUUUACAAUGUUGUCUUCUUUUGUUUUUAUUAGUUUUCUUUUGUUGAAUAAAAAUUGCCACAAAUUGGGUGGCUGAAAGCAACACUCACUAAUUAUAGUACAUGUUCUAUUGGUCAGAAGUCUAGGCAAGGUUCUUAGGGUCCCACCAGGCUGAAAUCAAGGUGUCAGCCAGACUGCGUACUCAUCCAGAGGCACUAAGAGAAGAAUUUACUUCUAAGUUCAUCGCAAUUAUUGCUAGAAGUUGUUUCCUUGCAGAUGUCUGACUGAGAUUCCCAUUUUCUUGCUGAACGUGCGCUGGGAAUUGCUCUUAGCUCUUAGGAAUGCCUUUAGCAUGUAACCUUCUCAAGGUCCCUUCCCAACAUAGACAUUUGUUUCUUCCCAGGCAGCAGGAAAAACCCUCAAGCCUGCUAAAUGGAGUCUUUUAUAUAACUUAACUGUGCUAACAGGAGAAAUUUUUUUGUCAUACAUGUAGACCCUGCAAAAACUCGAGGCAAUGGAGAUUGUUCAAGGCAUCAGGGCAGCAGGCAGGAAUCUUGGAGGCCAUCUUAGAAUUCUGGCACCACACCAGCUGUCCAGUCUUUGCCAUCAGUGAUACAUAUAUAUCCAAAAGAAAGCACUUUAGCAAACAUGAGGCACUAUAAAAACACAGAGUUGCUGGGAAUCAGCAUCAAGUAGCCUAAGGCUUACUUUUUCAGUCCCUUCUCCCAGGACACAACACCAUGCUGGAAAACUACCUAACAACAAAGUGGUGAUUAAACGCAGACUAGACCGCCUAUGAGAUUGCCUGUGUCUGUGGAGAGAGCCGCUCAUCUUCAUCCAAGGUUCUCCCAAGACUUCACAAAGGAAAUACUACAGAAUAAAAUGAAAAUGGCUGCUUCUGCCUAUCCAUGGAUCCUGGCAAUAGAAAAAUCUCUGUCAGGAAUGACACUUUCAGUGUUUCUGAAUAAAGAGCUAUCAUUUGAAGAUGGAUACAGUGCCGGCAGUAUCUCAUGCAGAUGGAUAUAGGGAAUGCUCCAGGAGGUUCUCCCAAUAGAAAAAUAGCCUCUUUUGUCAAGAAAGUGCCAUACUAUUGAGAAAGAAACCAUAACUGACCACUACCAAAUCUCACAGCUGCCUUCCUCCACAGAAAGUUACUGCAUGUGACCAAGAAGAAGCAAAAUGUUGGAGGAAAAAAUUAUUCUGUAACUUUAAUGGAUCAAUUAAAUUCAAUAUCAUAGUAGCUUUGAAUCUUUUCUUGACCUUAGCAAAGAUGAAAAUAUUGCCCAGUCAGAGCUCUUGGUAAUAAAGAGGGCAAAAGAAAUUGUAGCUUUCCUAAAACACUUGGAGUAUCCCAGCUGAUUCCAUUUAAAAUAUUGCUGCCUGCUGGAAUGUCUUGGAAAUAUGCAAGAAAUCAAAUGCAUAUAAUAGCUAAAUGUACUACUCUAACAUAUGUGGACUGUUUUUGAGGUAUCAACACGUCAGGUUUUUAAUCUAUGUUUUCUAUUAACUUUUUUCAAUAAAAACUAUUGUUUCUAAUUUAAGUUGUAAAAUACAUGUUUCAAAUAGUAUAAAACAGUACCAUAAAACUUGAACUAAGGUAUAUAUAAUUAAUUUAGCAACAAAUGUAAUUAUAGUAGAGUUUUGAUUGAUUGUUGCUGAGCCAUUUAAUAGUCAUAAUAUUUUAGUGUCACUCUCAAAAUGUGUUCAUGACAGGUGGACAUUAAUGGGAAGUAAUGCCUCAGUUUUAGUUCAUAUAAGACUUAAUUGAUUGGGUGACUUUGAAGGACCUUAUCUCCUAGAACCUGUGUUUCUUUUCCCAAAAGAUGAGAAGUUAGAUUAGAUGCUACCCAAGCUCCCAUGGAGCUGUCAUAUCCUCAUAGUCUAUGCUUCUGGCAGCCUGGCUGCUUUUAAGACCUUGCCUAAUGACUUGUGGUAAUAUCAGCUGUGGCCUAAGUACCGAAUGCAUAUACUCCACCCUUAAAUGUAGCUCAUGUCUGUUGAAGGGUUCUCCAGAGAUCCCACAGAGCAGGUAGGUUCACUAUCUAAAGCCAAGGCAGGUUGAAAAGGCUUGAAAAUGUCAGGAAAUUUUAGAACAAACAUUUCUAAGCCAAAAGAUCAUUGGAAAGCCUUGUAAAUAUAAAAUGUGAAGUACAAAUCUCAAAGUCCAUGAUCUUUUCAGACUAAUUGAAAUUAAAGUACAGUGAUUUAGAGGUUGAAUGUACGACAUGGAGGCAACACAAAGAUGAAUAAGGUAUAGUUUCCCAAAGUAUACUGUGCAUGUCACAAGUAAUUAUUAAAAGUGUAACAUGCUAUAAGAGUGGUGAAUAUUAUCUUCUCUGCAAUUUAGUAGUUUCCAUAGCAGAGUGUUAUACCUUGGAGAAAAAUUUUCAGGUAUUGUUUUCAGUGUAGUUGAACAUGAAGGCAAGAAGGAUUUGGAGUUUCUCUUUGUCAUUAUUGCUCUUAAAAUAUGAGAAACUCUACCCCUUUGUCUGGUGAUGGAUUUCUAGAUUGUUUCCAUAGUUUAGCUGUUAUAAAUUGUGGAGGUGUAAACAUGAGUAUGCAUGUAUCACUAUGGUAUUUAAGUCUUUCGAGAAACAACCCAGAAGAGGUAUAAUGAGUCAAAUGAUAUUUCUAUUUUUAGUGUUUUGAAGAAUAUCCAUACUUAUUUCCAUAGCGGUUAUACUAGGUACAUUCUCAACAACAAUGUGCAGCAUUUGUAGGUUUUUAUGUUCUUGAAGAUAUCUGGCUGGAAUUAGAUGGAAAUUCAGAGUUGUUUUGAUCUGCAUUUCCCUAGGGACUAAACAAUAAAUAUUUUUUCAUUU